UCUUCUUGAACCCACCUGCAUUUGCGUGAAUCUGGGCGCUCGCCCCCCUCUGCCGUCUCCUCUGCCCUUUCGCCCCUUCGCGGCCAUAGGCCCUUGCUCUCGCUGUACCCAGACCGGUCACCAGAGCCUGGGUGUGGGACGGAGCAGCCAAGAGCUUAUUAGAGUCAACAGCUGCUGCAGCUCGAGCCAUACCCGGGUUCCCCUUCCUAGCACCUGCCUCCCCCCCCCAAACCCCAGCGUGCUGGUAGCCCCUCCUCCUCGCACCUGCCCAAAGGUCACAGGACAGAGGGCAAUGCCAGGAAGCUGGUGACGUCUUUCUUCUCCUCCUCCACCAUGGUUGACGGUGUUAAGUAUGAAGUGGCCUCCCAGCAUGAGAAAGAUGCCUCCCCUUUAGCUGAGGAGGCCAGCCCAGGGUCCGAGCAGGUAAAGCUGAAGAAGGAGAUCUCGCUGCUUAAUGGCGUGUGCCUGAUUGUGGGGAACAUGAUUGGCUCGGGCAUCUUUGUUUCCCCCAAGGGCGUGCUCAUGUACAGUGCCUCCUUUGGCCUCUCCCUAAUCAUCUGGGCUGUUGGGGGCCUCUUCUCCGUCUUUGGGGCCCUUUGUUAUGCGGAACUGGGCACCACCAUUAAGAAAUCUGGGGCCAGCUACGCCUACAUCCUUGAGGCCUUCGGGGGACUCCUUGCCUUCAUCCGACUCUGGACCUCCCUCCUCAUCAUCGAGCCCACCAGCCAGGCCGUGAUUGCCAUCACCUUUGCCAACUACAUGGUGCAGCCCCUCUUCCCGAGCUGCUUCGCCCCGUAUGCUGCCGGCCGCCUGCUGGCUGCUGCCUGCAUCUGUCUCUUAACCUUCAUUAACUGUGCGUAUGUCAAGUGGGGAACCCUGGUACAAGAUAUUUUCACCUAUGCUAAAGUAUUGGCACUGAUCGCCAUCAUCAUCGCAGGCAUUGUUAGACUUGGCCAGGGAACCUCAACUCACUUUGAGAAUUCCUUUGAGGGCUCAUCUUUUGCAAUGGGUGACAUUGCCUUGGGACUGUACUCAGCUCUGUUUUCCUACUCGGGCUGGGACACCCUCAACUAUGUCACUGAAGAGAUCAAGAAUCCUGAGAGGAAUCUGCCCCUCUCCAUUGGCAUUUCCAUGCCCAUUGUCACCAUCAUCUACAUCUUGACCAAUGUGGCCUAUUACACCGUGCUAGACAUGAGGGACAUCCUGGCCAGUGAUGCUGUUGCUGUGACUUUUGCAGACCAGAUUUUUGGAAUAUUCAACUGGACAAUUCCACUGGCAGUUGCAUUAUCCUGUUUUGGUGGCCUCAAUGCCUCCAUUGUGGCUGCUUCUAGGCUCUUCUUUGUGGGCUCAAGAGAAGGCCAUCUCCCCGACGCCAUCUGCAUGAUUCAGGUUGAGCGGUACACGCCGGUGACAGCUCUGCUCUUCAAUGGUAUCAUGGCACUGAUCUACUUGUGUGUGGAGGACAUCUUCCAGCUCAUUAACUACUACAGCUUCAGCUACUGGUUCUUUGUGGGGCUCUCUAUUGUGGGUCAGCUUUAUCUGCGCUGGAAGGAGCCUGAUCGACCUCGUCCCCUCAAGCUCAGCCUUUUCUUCCCCAUUGUCUUCUGCCUCUGCACCAUCUUCCUGGUGGGUGUUCCACUUUACAGUGAUACCAUCAACUCCCUCAUUGGCAUUGGCAUUGCCCUCUCAGGCUUGCCCUUUUACUUCCUCAUCAUCAGAGUGCCAGAACACAAACGACCUCAUUGCCUGCGAAGGAUUGUGGCAUCCACCACAUGGUACCUCCAGGUCCUAUGUAUGUCAGUUGCUGCAGAGAUGGAUUUGGAAGAUGGAGGAGAGAUGCCCAAGCAACAAGAUCCCAAGUCUAACUAAAUACCUCCUGGAAUCCUGAGAUAUGGAAAGCAGGGGCCUCUUGUCUUAUACCAGCUGGAGCCAAGGAAGUUGAAAAGGAAAGCUGACUUCUUUGGAGGCACCUGUCCAGAAGCCUGGUGUGGGGAGCUUUAACAGCUUUGACCUUGCUUUUUGAGAGAUGGAAAGUAAUUUAUUUGUUUUGCUACCUAUUGUUCUAGAUUUUUUUAAAGGGACAAUAAAGCAGACUAUGGUGGGGAGCAUGUCAGGUGUGGGCUUGGUUGUUCUAAUAGCACAUUCCCAUGUGUUAAGACAUUCACUCACCUCUGCAUGUGCCUACCCACUCUUUUCCUUUAAAAGGGCCACUAAUGCUCCAAAUUUGUCUCCUUUAGAGAGACACAAAACUGUCACAGAUGCUGGACAAUAAAAGGGUUAUGUUCCUAA